GCAACUUUGAGUCACACCCUUUCAGAAACCUCAUCAUUUGCAAAAUCUGUUACUCAUGACACCUGGUGCACUUUCUUUGGAAUUUAAAAUUUUGUUCCCAGUAUGGAUUCCUCCCAUUCGGUAAAUGUUGGGUGUGACGAUGACCUUUAAAAGCGGCCAGCGGAGAGUCGGCUCCCAGUUCAGUUCCAGACUGAAAGCCUUCAACCGUUUCAUCGUCUCAAGUGGAAAAGCUGAGCAGGGAAACAACGAUGUUCCACUCCAACGACUUCAGCAGCUCAGGCAGCUUCAGCGACACCAACGGCUUCCGGUGGUCCAAUUGGUUCAGCACCAUUAAUGGGUCCAGCACCAUUAAUGGGUCCAGCACCAUUAAUGGGUCCAGCACCAUUAAUGGGUCCAGCACCGAUGGGUGCAGCACCAUUAAUGGGUGCAGCACCAUUAAUGGGUUCAACUUGCUCAAAAACCGGUUCAAAAAUCACUGGCAUUCAGCUUUUCAGGAAGUGGACCUGAACUGUGCGACCAACAACAAGGCCCACCACACCAGCUCCAUCUCAGUGAACCAGCUGAUUGUGAGGAGAGGCCAGCCGUUCAACAUAACCCUGAAAAUGACUAAACCUUUCAACCCUGACUCUGAUCAGCUCACCAUGAAAGUUGUGACUGGAAAACAUCCAUCUCAGGAGCAAGGGACGAUGUCAUCUUUUGGUUUUCCAGACAAAGUGAAACGUUCAUCACGUGCUAAAGCAGUCUGGAGAGCAGAGCUUCAGGAAAACAGCCUUCCUGAAACAGGAACGUUGGCUCUAACGAUAACGCCGCCCGCUGACGCUCCGGUCGGGGAGUACAAACUUUCUGCAGGACUUAAAGCUGAAGAAAAGGAGUUGGCACAACUCUUUGUGCUCUUCAAUCCUUGGUGUUCUGAUGACUGGGUGUUUCUUCCUAACGAGGCGGAGAGACAAGAAUACGUUUUGAACCAACAUGGAAUAAUCUACACAGGUUCUGAUCAUCACAUUAAUGGACUUUCCUGGGACUUUGGACAGUUUGAAGAGGACAUGGUGAAGAUAUGCCUGAAGUUACUCGACCUCAGCAGGAAACACAAGCGGGAUCCGGCUGACGACGUUUCUGCUCGCUGUAACCCCAUCUACGUCAGCCGUGUCAUGACCAACAUGGUUAACAAAGAUCAAAUGAACGAUGGCGUCCUGCGGGGAAACUGGUCAGGCGAUUUUAAAUAUGGCUUCCCACCGACCCACUGGAGUGGCAGCUACGCCAUCCUGAAGCAGUGGUACGCCUCCUUCUGCAAAGCUGUCAACUACGGACAGUGCUGGGUGUUCGCCGGCGUCCUGUGUUCAGUGAUGCGCCUGUUGGGAAUCCCCUGCCGUGUUGUCACUAACUUCGAGUCCGCUCAUGACUCCAACGCAAACUUGACCAUCGACACCUACUACGGAGAAUUUGGUGUCAGACCGAAAAAGUCCAAUGACAGCGUCUGGAACUUCCAUGUCUGGGUAGAGGGGUGGAUGAGACGACCGGAUCUGGGAGAGGACGGGCGAUAUGACGGCUGGCAGGUUCUGGAUGGAACGCCGCAGGAAAAGAGUGAAGGUGUGUUCUGCUGUGGUCCAGCUCCAGUAGCGGCCAUCUUGAACGGGGACGUUGACCUGAAAUAUGAUGUACCAUUUGUCUUCGCUGAGGUCAAUGCUGACCGUGUUACCUGGCUGAUCAAAAGAGAUGGAUCCAAGGUGCAGAUGAAGUCUGACACCAGGAGUGUUGGACAGUACAUCUCCACCAAGGCUGUUGGUUCCAACCGCCGGAUGGACAUCACGAGUGCCUAUAAAUACACAGAAGGAUCGGCGCGGGAAAGGGACGUUUUCAGAUACGCCCUGACCAGACUGGACAAUGAUUCAAGAAUUGCAGUGUGUCCAAUAGCUGUCGAACCUGAAGCACUGGUCAUAAACAACACCACAGACACAGAGAAUGGCCACGCAACUCCGCAGCUGAUUGUUAAAUUUGAAGAGGAGUCCGCACCAGUAAAGGGUCAGGAUGUGAAGAAGAACCUGGUGCUGAGAAGUGAAGGCAGCGCUGCCAGGAUGCUGUCUGUCAACAUCAACGUCCAGGCCCUGACGUACACCGGCCAACCCAAAGGAAACAUCCAGAAUGAGGUCGUCCAGAAACAACUGCUGCCUGGAAAAGAUCUGACCAUCCCCAUCCAGAUCCCGUACAUCACCUACAGUAAAUACAUGGUAGACUGCCAGACCAUGAACAUUUCAGCCAUGAUCACUGACCUCCAGAACGAUGAGACAUUCCUGGCAGCAAACCGCGUUGUGCUGAAAGACCCUCCAAUCACCAUCACUGUGUCUGAUGAAGCCAGAGUGAAUCAGAUAUUGAGUGUCUUGGUGACGUUCAUGAAUCCGAUCAGCGAGACGCUGACAGAUUGCUCUCUGACUCUCUCUGGAACUGGACUUAUUGAUUGGGAGCAAACAGUCAAACUUGAAGAUCUGAUGCCAAAUAAGAAAAUGUGUGUGGAAUUAAGCAUCGUUCCCUACAGGAGCGGGGAGAGGACUCUACUGGCCGACUUUGACUGCGCCGCUUUCAGAGACAUCAAGACCAGCUGCGUCAUUAAUGUCAGACCUUAAACUCCAGAAAGAAAUAUGUGAUGCAUUUGUUUCUGCUAAAGGCUUUAUGAAUUGUUUUGAAGUAGUGGGAUCAAUGAAAUCAGAGAAUAUUGUUUCAAUAAUUUGUUUUAGGUUGUUUCUUUAUUUUUAAAUUUAAAACUUGGAUUUCUAAGGGGAACAAUGAAAAACUUGUAGCAAGAUGACA